CAGCGAGAGGUCCCCAGGAAACAUCCACAGAUGGCAUUGGAAAUAAGUCACCUUCUGAGAAGCAUGUCAUGUUCUGGGAGGGCUAAGGCAUCGAGUAAGGCCUAUGGGGUUGGAGGAUCCCUGGGCAGGUGGGGCAAUCCACAGCCUUGGGUUCUUCCCAUGGGAAUCGGGAGGUCCUGAGGCAGAGGCAGUGGUCCCACAGGAGGAGUCACAGAGCCACCAAGGGCUCUUCUGGCCCAGGGAGCAGUCAACACCAUGGACUGAACACCUGCUGGGCUCAAAGUCCUGGUCCAGACUGGGGCAUGUGGGGCCAGGAGGGAACUCGGAGUGGAAGACAGAGAGACAAGUGUGCUCAGAGGGCAGCCGUUUCUGGAAGUAGUGUGGUCCAGAGAUUUUGGCUGGGAAGGGCUUCCAGGGUUUCAUAUGUGUUGUGGAGCUGCUUCCUCUCCCCAGCCUCACCCUGCAGAAAUGCCAGUGAAUACGUUGCCGCCAUCUUGGAGCUCAGUGCCCUCAUAGUGUAACGGCAGCAGCAGAUCUGCCUGUGCACGGACUUCCUGUACUACCUCAUUCCUGAGGAGCAAUGCUUCUGCAGGGCCUCUGACUUGGUGCACAACUUCAGACACCAUCAUCCUGGAGCAGUACUGCACCCUCACUAGCCAGGGUGUUGAUGACUUCCUCAAGGCCAAGGCCACGUUCAAGGCUUCUGACUUCAUUGAGGCACUUGUGCUGAGAGAGGCGGGCUUCUCCGGGAUCUUAAUUCAGGAGGUAGAAUGGAGCUUGGGAUCAAGCAUCUGAUGAAAGAACUUGCACUUCAUCUGGAAGGCUCUGGGGAGCCAUGGAAGAUGCUGGAUAAAGCCUCAGUGCAUAAGUGCUGUUCAUCCUCUGGUGCUGAAGCAGCCAAGAGUCACAAGCCUGUCUGGCUGCCUCUGGGUAUGACAGCAGAGCCAGUGGCCUCUACUGGAUCCUGUACAACUUCACAAGACACCCAGACACCGGGAGUGCUGCCAGCAUGUGGUGCAACAAUCCUGAGGGGCCACAGUCCUGAAGACAUUGAAUGGUGGGUGCAGGGCCUCAUGGCCUGUUCCCCAGCCCCUCUCAUUGGCUCUGGUCCAGGUGGUGAAGGGGGAAAAUGUUUUUGUCAGUUCUGCUAUGAUUGCCUAGCAAGAAAAGGAGCAGAGCCCAGGAGCAGUAAAAUCAGUUAGUAAAGUCAGUUUUCUUUUCUGAACUACAUUUCUGCCAUCUGUAAGUUGAGGGGAAUUCCUUCUACCCUACGAGGCUGCUUGGGGAAUGACUGACAGUGUGUGUAGAGCAGGUACCACCAGCAGGCAUUUGGUGUCCAGACCGCUCCUCUUCCCUCUUGAUUUUCUGACUGCAUUUGCAUUUUGUUCCCAAGACCUUCACUCCCCUUAAUUUUGCUCUUCCCUCUGAUUCCCACCUUAUCUUCUAUCCCAUGGAUUCACCAGGAUCUGAGUGGGUAACAGUCAUGUAUGCAUGUGUGUGUAUGUACAUAUACCCUGUGUUGGUGUUGGAGUGUGGUGUGUGUGUGUGUGUGUGUCA